CUUGGAGCACAUCAGCCUGCUGUCCUCCACACUUUUCCUCAUCCUGGUUCUCGUGCCUCAUUGAGCUCUCUUCUCUUUGACUAUCAAACACACACUACACAAUCGAGCAUCGUGGUUCAAACAUGGUUCGGCCUGUAACGAAUGACGAUACUGGCCUGAAGGUGCUCCGCGAGGCUCCAGCAGAAGCAGCCGAGAUCAUCGACAUCGUUGCCAUCCACGGCAUUGGAGCGCACCCAGACGACAGCUGGUGUAAGAAUGUCGGCACGGCGGAGAGCCCUCAGUGGGUCAACUGGCUCAACAAGGAAGACAUGCUGCCAGCCGUAGCACCCAAUGCGCGUAUCAUGCGAUAUGGAUACCAGUCGCAGUGGUUCGGGGAAGGAGCAAUGCGGCAGAAAGCAUCGACGGUGGCACAGCGAUUACUGCUAGCCUUGCAGCGUAAGAGAGCGGAUUAUCCGUUUCGACCGCUGCUCUUCAUAGCACAUUGCUUCGGGGGGCUAGUUGUGCUGAAGGCACUCCUAGAUGCCCGGCACGAUGAGAGCGAGUGGCCUGGCGUGUUCGCGUCAACUACUGGUCUAAUCUUCUUCGGCACGCCGUUCAGAGGCGCAGAAGGGAUGAGCCAAGUAGAGAUGCUUGAGGCAGCGCGGCGGGAAUACGAGGAGGACGAGGUGCAGGGGGACAUUCUGAAGAUACUCGAGCCUGGGAACGAGUUCCUUCAAGAGGUGGUUGACCAAUUUGGGAAGACACGGAGACAGGCGAACAAGGCUCAGGUCACAUGCUUCUACGAGCUCAAGUCAAGCAAUGUUGGAAGGAUCGUGGGGAAGGUGGAUCGCACGAGAUUCGUGGUUAGCGAGAGCUCUGGCUGCCUUGACCUGUCUGAUGCGACAAACAAAUUUUCGCUCUCACGAAGUCACUUUGACAUGAAUAAGUUUGGGAAGCCAACAGAAGAAGACUUUGAGACAGUAGGUGAGGUGGUUAGAGACAUGAUUAGGGCAUCCCCCAAGCUCCUGCUAGCUCGAUCUCAAUGUAAUUAUGCAUCAUAGGACCUACUAGCAUUCAAAGAAGGUUGACCACAGCGAUAGAUGAC